GAAAUUUUUGAGUAGCUGCACAAUUGGUGUCUUCUCAACAAGAGUUCAGCUCCAUGAGUGACUAAUGAAUGAGCACCAUCAGAGUAACUGUGGCCAAAUGCAUGAGGUUCAACAUCGGGACACUCAUAGAUGACAGUGAAGUCGGAAGGCGUCACAUGCCUUCAGCGAAUCCAGUGUUCAGUUUAGACACCUACUGGCAAUCGCUGUGUGUGUAUGGUCGUGUAGGUCGUGUACGUGAUAACAAUAAAUUGUAGGAUGGGAAUUGUGUACAAAGAUGGAGGUGUUGUAGAGCUUGUAGAGUAUUGUCUCGGAUGGAUCGCUUUUUUUAUAUGCUUACGUUUAAUUUUAAUUUAACAAAUUGAUUUUAAAAGUUUGAUGUAUCGUAGGGCGAAUUUUAAACAUAGGAUUUUAUACGUACAGGUUGAAGCAGAGCAAAAACAAACUGUAAUAUAGGUUAUGUUGUUCAAGAUGGAGUCCAGCGUGAAUGACGCUUAUGUCAAACAACAUUUAGAAUUUAGUCGUGCAUGUCGAUGCGAUGAUCGUACUUUAGGACAAGGCAGUAGUGACGAAGGUGACCAGUUACUGGCCAAGGGCCAAGAUAUGGGUCCAUCAUCAACUAAGUUGGACGUUGCUGACAGUUGUGAAGGAAUAUUAUAUUAUGCUGUUUACAUACCAAAUGACGCCAACGUCAAUGAAUCCGAUGAAGCUCUGCAUGUCUAUACCGACAAAUCAGAAGCAAUGAAAAUUGUAAAGAAGCACAAAAAAGCAAUGUUUAAAUUGUUUGCAAUAAGAGAGGAGGCUGUGGAAUUUGCAGUUCAUGGAUCUGAAAUUUUACCUUUCACUUCUCCUGGAUUAUCUGAAAAUUUAGAAACCAGCAAUCCUGCAAUAGGAGAAAAGCCAAGUCCUUUCAAAGGACCUAAAGCACAGGAUUUGGUUCGCCUGAGGAAAGUGAUUGAAUGCGGAAAUAUUUGCACAUUUAGAACUACUGUCUGGGAUAAUCCUCGAUAUCUUAUCAGCAGCGGGGAUACACCAGCCAUUCUUCAGGAAGGUUCCCGCUAUAAUGCAUUGCAUGUAGCUGCCAAAGCCAGUAAUGCAGAAAUAUGCAGUCUGAUUCUACAGACAGUUAGCAAUGUUGCAUUUAUACAGCUGCUGUAUGGGGAUGAUGAUUCUGCUAGCUGUCAAGACCGAGCACAUAUCCUAUUGGAUCUGUACCUGAAUACUCCUGAUAAGGCCCUCAAUGAGACUCCACUGCAUUUUGCAGUUAAAUUUGGAGCGGUCCUGGUUGUGGAUGUAUUGGUGUCUUAUCCACAGUGUGAUAAACAUGCAAAAAAUAAAUUUGGACAAACACCAAGAGAUGUUAUCUGUAGUCGUGUUUCUUCUCCAGAUGCAGGUUUAAGACGGGAACUCUCCAAUUUAUUGGCUGACAGGUUCUAUGUUCCUGUACUGAGGUCAGAGGAUAAUUCCAUCCAACCCACUGUGGGCGAACCUUUCUCUCAAGAAUGCCCUCUGGCAUUAAAAGCCGAUCCAGUUAAUCCAAGAAUGGAAAUCUGGGCUUAUGCAGGGCCAAUGAAUCGUGAGAAAGCAGUAGUCUUCCGGAAAAAAUGGAAAACUCCUCCACGGAUGCCUUGGACUCCAACCCACAGCACCAGCAAACAGGCAUAUGUAGGGAGUCCCAGAUGUCAUGCAUUUAGACUGCAAGAUGUUGAGAAAGGAUUGGAGAGAGCUGGCAGGGAUCUGGCUCAGGAAUUCAAGGUUGGCUGGAAUGAGUAUUGGCCAUUUCUUGAUACAUUUACAAAUUUGGCCUCUCCGGAUGGACUUCAAAAACUUGAGGCAUAUCUCAAGAAUAGAUUUCAGGAAGCUGGGCAGAAACGAAACCAUUGUGUUAUUUCAGAUUCAAGCCAUGAGAAAUGUGAGAGCACAAAACAUGCAAUGAAUGGUUAUUCAUUGGUUCCACCAGAACAGAAUGAAAAUCAUUCAAGUGAUGAUGGGACUGUUAGUCCAGUAUCAGAUCUGUGCCUUGCAUUCAAAGCUUGCAGCCUCUCUGAUGACAGUCCAGCUAAACUGCUAGUGCAAAAUGAGACAAAGACAGCAUCAAAUGUGUACAGAUAUCAGAGUGGUGAUGCAGAAGCUGAUGUUGAAGAUGAAGCAUUGUUGAAUGUUUUACUGAAUCCAGGUCUUAGUCCAUUCUUAUAUGUAGAAAAAUCCUGCCAGGUGUUUGGUAAACGAAUUUACGAUGGGCUCACAGUGGCUGGUAACUGUGCACAUAUUGGGGAUUCACUUUCUGACAUGCUUUGUCCAGAAAUUAAACACCUACAAGAUCUUGUCAGAAGUUUUAAGGAUGAUGCCCGAUUUAUAUCUGUUGAUUUUAAUCUUGUUCACUCUCGAAUUGCUGCAGUUGUAGUAGAUAAGCUUGUUGAGCUGGGAAGUGAUGAAUUGGAAUUUCUCACUUCUGGUCUGAAAUCUGUACUUUCCUUAUCAUCUUGUUCCUAUUCCGAUGAAGAGGAUGGUACAAGUGUAAGUUAUCGUAAUACACACAGAUAUGCUGAGGACCAGAGAAAAGCAGGUGGGGAACAUAAUCAGACAAAAUGUAUUGUCAAACUUAUCCUGAGUGCCUUAGAACGAGAAGAAACUGUUAAAGACACAAACAAGAACAAUAGUGCCACAAAGAAUACCCAUGUUCAAACAGAAGAAGAAUGUAUGAGAAUAUGGUCUGAUGCUAUAAAGUGUUCUUGCUUUAGGCGAGAUCAGAAUUUUGUGAGAAAUGCUAGGAAAGGUUCAUCCUUCAAGAGAAGUCAGAAUUUGAGGUAUACAUAUCCUACAAGCAAAGCUAACACCGUAUCAUCAUUGGAUGGAAUUUCAAGACGACUUACUUUUGAUGAUUCCGAGGAGCAGUGUGGUGGUAGAAGAACUGGUGAGAUGGCAGGUCCUUCUCACAAAGAACUCAGUUUCAGAACAGCUAAACAGCGAACACACAGCAGUAAUAAGAAACAGACAUCCACUAUGUUAGAAGUUGACAAGUUACAUGAAGUGGUGAAUAUAUAUUCAAGUAGCCACCUGGACCAUCAUCUGCUGGAAUCAGAUGACAUUUCAGAUGAUGAAGAUGAAUAUUUUACACCACCAUCAACCCCUAGAAAACUCAGCAGUAGUGAAUCACUUGUCUGCUGUGAAGAUGCUAAUUCUGAUGAUGAUGAUGAUACUGCCAAUAUGUCAACGCCAGAUGAAGGACCAGAUGUUUUUAUACAAGGUGACUCACCAUCCAAGUUAGAUGUAGCAGUGAUGCAAGCUCUGGACAGCUCAGCUAUUGGACCACUGGAAUAUCCAAAUAUUUACAGAUGGCGACAUUUGGUUUUGUUGCACUCGGAACAUGAAAGAGCCACGUGGCCCAGUGCUUGUGGUUCAGGGACUAAAGAUCAAUCAAGAACUGUACACUCACCAGAGGAAACUUCAAGACAGUACCAAAGAAAUAUAGAAACUUCCACUCCACCACAGGCCUGGCACAAAAUUACGGGACCAUACUCGCCAUUGAGUUCUCAGCGGUGUGAAAGAAAUAUGGAUUAUGUUUAAAAGAAAUAAUCAAGUGAAUAGCAUAAGUAUAUUGUACAUAAAAUUUUAGUAGUCAAUAUGUUAUCCAACAAGAGUAAAGUGUCCUAUAUCUUUAUGUAGUGAAUUAGUUUUUUACAUGUACAAAGAAUGUAGCUGUUGAACAGUCAGAAAUAUGUAUUCAAGAAUGAGUGCAAAGAGUACUUUAUUAUUUAGGAACCAUAUGAGAAUAUUUUCACAUGAUCUUAAAACUUUUAUUUGUGUAAGAAACAGAAGACUGUCAGUAGGGGAGAAAAUGCAGCCAGUAGCAAGAGUAUUUCUUUAACAAACUUGUUCAAAUGGAUAAUCGAUAUUGUUCAUAAAUUAGACUACAAGCUUCUUGACUGUGUGUUAAGAGGAUUUGUUCAGUUUAUUUUAUGUUGCUUUACUGUAAUUUUACUCUCGACAUCUUUUAUGAUCAAGAUUAUAUUUUAUUUCUGUCA